UCGUACGUGUGGCUUAUCAAUAAUCAAGAAAAUCAAGUGAAAUCGCAGAAAAUGAGUAUUAGAUACUCAAUACUUUGUUAGGACUUUAUUUAUGCCGUUAAAAUCGGGUUUACGCUCCGCGCGAACGCCGUUUCGUUUCACGAUCUACACAUUUCCGUCCGCCUGCGUGUGGGAAAAUUACCGAAAUGCAGCGCGAAGACAAACAGUUGGAGCUGGUGUUGGAGAACUUCCAGAGUAAGUUAAACGAGUUCAAAGGCCAGAUAUACGCUCUCAUAUUCAAACUGGAACACGAACGGGACAACGUGAGCUGGACGACGGUGCUGGACACGUUCGCCGUGUUCUCGACCCAGUACACGGCCAUCAUGAAGUACCUAUCGUACGAGAAACUGCCGCAGCUGCGAAACUACAGCGUGCUGCCGCUCAUGUUGAACCCAGAACGGGACGACGAUUUGGCUCGCAUCACCGAGAACCGGGUGCCGGCCCUGUCGCACGACAUCGUACCCGAUUUUUUGCGUACCAAAACCGAACCCGAAGUCGAACACAAACUCAUGCAGGUUCGUGUGUAAACGAUUUGCUGGCUGUUCCCUUUAAUCCUAUUUAGUACGUACGCCACAGGGCGGUUUUUAUUCGGUCGACGUUUUUUAUUGUGCCGCCCGUUAAUGUUUUUCUAUAAAAACGAAGAGAACUGUUGACCCAUAUUCAUUAUGACCUUUUUGUAUCCAUUCUAAUCAUCCCCAGUAAAUUUCGAUUUAAAUACACGGCAUUUCCUCACUCUAAUAUUAAGUAUUUUACCAGAAGUGUCAAUUGUAAAUUAAAAUAUUGUUUUCAUUUACAAUUGAUGGUUCCAGUAAAAUACUUAUAUUAAAGUAAGGAAACCUCAUGUAUUUUAAAUGGAACACUGCGCCUUUACAGAGGGUGAUUUGAAAAUUGUCUUUAUUUUUAUAGAAAAAUAUUAGAGGGCGGCACAAUAAUAAUUCCUGCAUCACCCAAAUAAGAACCACCCUAAUGUACGCGUAGGUAAUUACUUAAAAUAAUGACGCGAUUUUAGGUAGAGCACAAAGCUGGUGGACUACAGUUUGAGACAGCACAGAAACAACUAGCAGCGUUCAACAAAGUCGUCAACCAUGUCUUGGAUCUGGUGUCUAAGGCUCGAGAAGAAUGGGAAGUGGAAACUGGAGCUCGAGUGGGCAUUGGCCAAACAUCAUCUGUAGCCGACUUGCAUACACUAGUGUCGGCAGUAAGUAUGGGCAAAAAUCUAAAGCCAAUGGUACCACAGGUGUCUCCCGGCGGUAUGAUGGUACCACCCACUGGAAGACCCGUGACUCCUGGCAUGGGUCCCAAUACACCACCAAUGGGCAUGAUGCCCAAACCACCCCCUGGAAUGAAAGCUAAUGUAAAGGGUGCUGGAACACCACACCCUUACAGGUAAAAUUGACCUUAUGUUGGCUAUUUUUUAUGAAUCCGACAUAGUUAAUUCAUGAUUGUAUUGUGAGAAUUUAUGUUAUUAUUAUUAGUUUUUUAAUAUUUUAUUUUCAUAUUAUUUAUUGUAAAUUGUAAAUUGUAAAUUGACUCAUUUGAAAUAUAAUGUAAAACUUUUAGUUGUAUAAAGAGAAUUAACGUUUGAACUGGUAAAACUAGUUAUUGAGCAAAAUAAAUUAUGCAAGUGUAAUAUAAAAAUAAAAAAUGUAUGCAUCAUUAGCUGUUCCUGUUAAUGUCUUAAUUAAGUUGUGCAAUAAAUAUAUAACUUAAACAAUAGUUUUGAUUAUUUAUUACAUUAAAAAAAAAAAUUGCAUUUUAUUAUAUUUAUUUGCUAGUUUGUCAACUUAAUAUAUUCAUAUUCAUUGUAUGACAAUAAUAACAUUGACAGAUCGGGCCAUCAUAUCUCUUCAAUGCAUUCAAAUUUCAUCGCUCAUAACGAUGGAUAUGCUCAGAGCCGAUUAAUUUUCGUUAUCGCGCGACAUGCUCUCGUGGACAGAGUAUAGUGAUAUUUAUAUUGAGUAAAAUAAUUUAAGUACAAUAAAUAUUGUAUUAUAAAUAAAAUAUUUUCUAUGGUUUGUUUACAUUGUUAUGUUUUUAUUUCCAUUUCAUAUUAUAUCAUAUAAUAAGGUCUCUUUAAUCUAUGUUUUUUACUAAAAUGUAUACUGUUGUGAUUACACAGUUGGUAAAUUAUUGGAUGGAAUUAAAAAAUAAUAAAUCUGAUAAGAAACUUGGUUUAGUGAAUCACAAUUCAUUCAUAAUUGAACAUUGUUGAAUAAAAUUUGUUUUAUUCAUCUUUGUCUUGAGUAAGUUGAAUUUGACUCUUAAAAUCCACUACCUAUUAAAUUUAAACAUAUUAUUAAUUGUAUCUGUUGACUUUUUUUGUCAACUGAAAGCACACAAUAUUAAAGUGUUGAGAACUGAGCUGUAUAUAUUUUAUAGUUUAACAAUUAAAAAUACAUAUUUAAUAACAUAGUUAGAUAAGAAGUAUGUAAUUAUUAAUUAUACUAGUUUAGAAUUUAUACGCUAUAUUGUAAAUUAAUUCAAUUUGAAUAAUUUCAAUGAUUAUCAAUACUUAUCGAAUACAAUAAAUAUUAUAGUUUUAUAGUUUUUUAAAAUAUAUAAUUAAGUCAACAAUUUAAUUUAAUUUAAUUUAUUUAUUAUUAUUAGUUUUAGUACCAUUUUAGGUUUUUGUACAUAUUUUUUGUUUAGAUUUAUCAUAAGGCAUGGAAAUAAAAAAAAAAUUAUUAGGCUAGUAAUAAUAUCAAAAUUAAAUACUAUUACUUAAAAUACAUAUGAAGUCGAGAAAAACCCUUAAAAUAUAAUUAAUGAAUGUAAUAAGUUAAAUAAAAUAAAAACACAUUGUUCAUAUUAAAUAAUCUUAAUUUUUUUUAAAACUUUUCAGUAUUGGAUAAAUAUUAUCGUAAGCAUCAUAAAUCUCUUGACGUACUUUGGCACCUGUAAA